GCUUCUUUUUAUAGAUAACCCCACUCUGCCCUCUGUUCACGUGGUUCAGGGAAUACAACAAAGGCUGCAGAUAUUUUUUUGCGGCGCCAAAUACAUCAUGCAGUGAAGAAAGCAGAAGUAUAUUGGUUGUAUCGUGCAGUAGGCAGGGAGUGUGGAGGGAGGACUGACCGGGACACAAAGAACAGCCAGUUGUUUGUUUGUUUGGGGAAGAAUCCAAGCUGGAGUUCGGUGGGACUGAAGACAGACACGUAGUGGAAUGCAAGUAGGAAGUGGAAUAAGUGCAGUGUAAUUACAGAACAUUCUUGAGUGAACUGAGCCCUUAAAAAACUGCAACUGAGAAAAAUAAUUGCAAUAAUACAGUAUUGUCUCAUGGUGACUUGGGUGUCUGUGCCUAGCCCUUUGCUAGAGGAGGCUUAUUUGGGGACUGUGAGGCAGCAGAGCAUGGCAGAAUACAGUGCUGACAAGUAGCACAGACUGAGGUAAAGGCAGGCAGUGCAGCAGCCACAUAUUUCUUUAACUGUGCUCUGAGUUAAGUCAAGAUGGGAGGAGCUGUCAGCACUGGAGUGGACAACGAUGACCUUGUGGACAACCUCAAGGCUGCUAACUACAUUGUCACCCCUCUCCUGGAGCGGGUGUUUCGUGCUGUGGACCGUGGGGACUAUUUCACGGCAGAGAACAGGGAGCAAGCUUACCGCGACAAUGCAUGGAAGAAGGGAAACCUGCACCUAUCUGCUCCAUGUAUAUAUGCAAAGGUGAUGGAAGGACUUCAACUUGCCCCAGGGCACUCCUUCCUGAACCUGGGAUCUGGCACAGGCUACUUGUCCACCAUGGCUGGCCUCAUUGUUGGUCCAAGUGGGGUGAACCAUGGAGUGGAGCUUCAUGCUGAUGUGCUCAAGUACAGCUUGGAGAGGCUAGAGAAUUUCAAGAAGAAUUCGCCUGCCAUCGAUGCUUUCACCUUCUGUGAACCGCAGUUUGUUCAAGGCAACUGCUUGUGUUUGCCACCAGAUGUUCGCCUCUAUGACCGAGUGUACUGUGGUGCCUCAUGUCCAGAUAGCAGAGAGCAGUACAUGAAAUCCCUCAUCAAGCCUGGAGGUGUGUUGGUGAUGCCUAUCAAUGAUCAGCUAGUGAAGAUGACCCGCAGUGGACCCGACACCUGGGAGACCGUGUCUCUCCUCCCUGUUUCUUUCUCCUCUCUGGUCAUGCCUGACCCUAACCAUCCCCCAGCCACCGUUACCCUGCCUUGCGUCAACCUGUUCUCAGACCUGCAGAACCUAUGCCGCCAGCAGGUCCGUGCUAUACUGCAUGCUAACAUAGACAUCGAGCGGCCAGAUCUAUCCACAGCUGCCAACAAGCCUGUUGCCAAGCAUCCAAGACCCCGUGACCGCAGGAGUGUGUGUGUUGGCCCAUAUGUUACUAUACCAUUCUAUGAGGCAGAUGAUGAUGAGGAUUCCCGCAUGCUUUCUGAUGACGAUGAUGGGGAUGAUCUUCACUUUGAGCAGAGGCACACAGCCCACCAGAUCUCUGCUUUCAUUGAGCUUGCACGGGACUUGGCUGGGCAGAGGAGGUCAGAGAGAGAGGAGAGGAGGAAUCAGGAAGAAGAAGAAGAAGGGAGUAAUGAUGAUGAACUAGAGGUGGAGAAUGAGGAUGAAGAUGAUGAAGAGGAAGCCAGUAAUUCAAAGACUAAGAAGAUAUGUAGUACUUCACACUCAGAAGAGGCCCAAGAAGCCAAAAGAGAAGCAGAAUCAAAUACUGAGAAUGCUGAUGGGAAUGAAGACACGGAGAUGCCAACGAGGAGCUCCUUCCUGAAGAGCGUGAAGACUCGUAUUACCCCGGCUCCUGCUGUUGCCAGCACUUCCUCUGCUCUUGUUCUGCACUCAGCUCCCAUCCCAGUUCUGGAUCCAACACCUGCUACACCAUUCAAGGUCAACAAGAAACGUGAGAAAUUUGAUAGUGGAGUUGGGGACGAGAUAGAGAAUGGAAAAGGGCCCAGCUCAGAAGAAUCAGAUUUUGGAGAUGAACGUGAUAUGGAUAUAGAUGACUCCUCUGACUCAGCCUACUCUGAUAACUCUGCCCCACGGGUGAUGAACUACUUACUGGAUCCAGAUGACCCAAGCUGUCCCUGUGGUGGCAACUGUGGUGAAUCUUUCAAGAAGAAGGCUGCCAAGAAAGAGAAAGGAAAUGAUGGGGAGGAAGAAGGUGAAGAGGCAGAGGGGAAUGAGGAAGAUGGGGAGGGGAAGGAAGAGGGGGCAGCCUGUAAGAAGGCUUCUGCUACAGAAAUAUACUCUACUUACAUGAGGGAGAAGAUCAAACUCCUUCCACUCCCUCUGGCCCUAAAGCUGUACCUGAACUAUAACCGAGAGUUAUAAGUGUGGUGGGGGGGCCAGUGCUGGCACCCCACACCCCCCCAGUGCCCAAAAGUCCCCAACAUUCUGUGUUAACUGGGAACCCAGUGUCAUAAUAUCAUGGUAGCAGGUGAGAGGCUGAUGCAUGCUUUAUGAACAAGUUUACCCAAUGGUGAUCCUAUAAAGUGUACAAACUCACAAGUCCGUUAUUCCUGCCACUGAACGGCACAUUCACAUGUCCUAAUUACAUGACCGUUCCACACACCACAUGAUACAAGAGGCACACAAGAGCCUUGGGGAUGCUCACACACUGCAAGCAUACUCAAGAUGGAAAUUACAAAAAUGAAGAGUGACAAGGGUUUUGACUAGUGUCUUUCCAUUUGUCAAGUUGCUCACUCGCUCGUUUAGCCGUUUGCAUACCACACAGACGACUGAGCAUAUAUUAGUGAAGCAGCAGUUAGUGUAUAAAGAUAUAUAUAAAUGAAUAUAUAUAUAUUAUAACAUAGAUGGUUGCAGUGUUAUAUAGGAGUUUGGCAGAUUUAUAUUGACAGAAAUGUCUUAUUUAUUGAAUCUGUAGUCAUGCCAAGUGUUAUCAUAACACUGGAACACAGUACACAGUGUAUGGCCGUGUUGUGAAUCCAUGCUAGCUGGAAAUGUACCUAACUUAUUGUAUAUGAUAUGUGUAUGGCAAUUUUUGUUCACAAUUUUCUUUAUCUAUAUACAGUUAUACAAUUUUGCAUCUAUAUUUCUUAGUCUGGGCUUAUAUAUGAUAUGAAGCCUGACUGAUUAUGGAAGAGAAUGGACAGUAUUGGUUGCAUAGAUGGUGAGUGGAGACUGAAGCACCUGAUAGCGAUUUGACUGUUGAAUGGAGGUGCAGGAUCUUGUGAUGAUGUGGAGGAAGAAUGGAGAUUAAGGGAUUUAUGUGAUGAUGUGGGAGUGGGGUGGAGGUACAGGAUUUUGUGGUGAUGUGGGAGAGAAGUGAAGACUGAGGGAACUUGUGAUGAUGUGGAUGAAGAGUGUAGGUAAAGGGGUUUUCUGAUGAUGUGGGAGAGAAGUGGAGAUUAAAGGAACUUGUGAUGAUGUGGUGGAAGAAUGUAAGUAAAGGGGUUUUGUGAUGAUGUGGGAGGGAAGUGGAGAUUGAGGGAUCUUGUGAUGAUGUGGGAGUCAUUUACUCAAAAGAGUAUCCUUGCAAUAUAACAGGAUGGCAUUAUCUGUCAAGUUCAACACUAUAUUUGUAUGUAAUGAUAAACUUGUAGGUGUAAGAGCAAAUAGUUACUUCAGGACCAAAGCUUUGCAGAGAUAUGGAAAAAAAAAACAACAAAAAAAAAACAAAAAAAAAAACAAAAUGUAAAAUAUUCAUGUGAGUUGACUGUUAUUGAUAUAUCAGUAUGUUCAUACCAAGUGAAUAUUACCACAUGAGUUAUUUCAAUACUGUAUUGUUUAUGGACACUUUUGGUACAAUUAAUUGAUUUGUUUGCAUUUUGAGAUAGAUACAGUAUUGGAAUUUUCAUUUGCUAUGAAAGAAAAAUGUUUGUCAUAUAUUUUGCCAGUGCUGGAAGCUUAGCUUUGAUCCAUAAUGAAUGAAUAAAUUUUGCAAAGUCUU